AUGCACUGCUUUGCGCUGCUGGGUUUAUCCUCUAAGCAGAUGGAGAAAGGCAACAUCGCUGUGGUGUUCAACGUGGGCACGGAUGACAUCAACAUCCAGGAGACGGCUAAGUUUGUUAACGAUGGGAAAUACCAUGUAGUGAAGUUCACGCGUAGCGGUGGCAACGCUACACUGCAGCUGGAUGAUUUACCAGUCAUAGAGCGCUACCCUACAGGCCACAAUGAUAAUGAGCGCCUGGCGAUCGCCAGACAGCGAAUCCCUUAUCGGCUCGGUCGAGUAGUUGACGAAUGGCUACUCGACAAAGGCCGCCAGCUCACCAUCUUCAACAGCCAGACCACCAUCCAGAUUGGGGGCUGGGAGCGCGACCGCAGCCGCCCCUACCAGGGCCAGCUGUCUGGGCUGUACUACAACGGGCUGAAGGUGCUGAACAUGGCAGUGGAGGGGGACCCCAACGUGCGCGUUCUGGGCAGCGUGCGCCUGGUGGGCGACGCCCCGGCCUCCUCCAUCACCCCGCAGGCCAGCGCCACGGCCAACCGCUCCGACACCUCCACCAUGGAGACCACCACCACCACCUCCUCCAGCCGCAGGGGCAAGAUCACUACACCCCGCCAACCCCAGCAGACGACGGAUGACCUGCUGGUUGCGUCGGCCGAGUGUCCGAGUGAUGACGAGGAUAUUGACCCGUGUGAGCCGAGCUCAGCCAGCCCCACAGGUGCCCCCCCCAAGGAGUAUCCUGGGCCCUCCGAGGUGUUCCGCGAGAGCAGCAGCACCACGGGCAUGGUGGUGGGCAUCGUGGCAGCGGCCGCCCUCUGCAUCCUCAUCCUGCUCUACGCCAUGUACAAGUACCGCAACCGCGACGAGGGCUCCUACCAGGUGGACGAGAGCCGCAACUACAUCAGCAACUCUGCUCAGGCCAACGGCGCUGCACUGAAGGAGAAGCCGGCCAACAUGGCCACCAAGACGGGGGGGAAGGGCAAGAAGAACAAAGACAAGGAAUACUACGUGUGAUUGGCUGCUCCUCGUCUCUGGACUCUGCUGCAGAGACAGGUGCGAGGACACGCCUGUACAGGAACUUCUAACUGAACUCAACUAUAUUUAGUCUUCAUUUGGGACCUGAGGAUCGGCGGGA